GACCGGAGACGGAGACGGAGAGAGACGACCCGAGCAGAGCAGAGCAGAGCUUCCCCUCGACUCGAUCCUCUUCCUCCCUAGGGUUUCCGCUCCUCCUCGAUCCCGUCUCGCCGCCGAAGUGCCCCUCCCCUUCCUCCCCCCACCCCCACCCCCACCCCCGCCGUCGAUGCGUGGCGGCGGUUUCGUUAACGAAAUGAGGCAUACUGGCAAACGCCCUCAGCAACACAGGGACCAUGACAGAGAAGAAAGGAGGGACCAAAAGAGGAGGCCAGUGCCACGUGCCCAGGAAAACUCUGGUAAUGAUGAAUUGGUUGUUUACCGCAUACUCUGUCCGGACAGAGUAAUAGGUAAUGUAAUUGGCAAGAACGGCAAGGUGAUAAACUCUAUCCGACAACAGACGAGUGCUAAAGUCAAGGUUGUCGACCCUCACCCUGGUGCAGACAAGAGGGUUAUUUUGGUAUAUUGUUUUGUCAAGCAUAGAAACCUAGAUGUUAAUGACGACGAUGACAGGGAGCCUGUUUGCACAGCACAAGAUGCAUUACUCAAGGUACAUGAUGCAAUUGUUGAUGCUCUGUCCAUCACUAGGGACUCUGAUGAUGAAGAAGCAAAUAUCCUUGUACCAGCUAGUCAAUCUGCAAGUGUCAUAGGAAAGUCUGGUGCUGUCAUCAAGAGGCUUCGGUCAACUUCGAAAGCAUUUAUUAAAGUGAGCCCAAAAGAUCCAAAUGAAGUUACACAUUCAUGUGCUAUGAGCUUUGAUAAUUUUGUUCAGAUAACCGGUGAUGCUAGAGCUGUCAGAAAGGCACUAUUUGCAGUAUCAACCAUCAUUUACAAGUGCCCAUCAAAAGAGACCAUUCCUCUUGAAACUUCUGUUUCAGACCUUCCUCCAAGCAUUAUAGUUCCUUCUGAGCUUCCUGUUUACCCAUCUAGUAACUUCUACUCACCCUCUGAUGCUGCCAUAUCUUCUGGACAUCCAAGUCUAUCAAUCUUAGGGUCAACACCUCAUGUUCCUGAACUUACAGUAUCGGCUGAUGCUCAUAGUCGACUGCCCAUUUACCAAUCUGUGCUUCCUGUAAUUCCUGCUUAUAAUACACCGAAAUGUUCUGGGGAGCUAGUAUUGCGUGUUUUAUGCCCUGCUGGCAAGAUUGGGUUGGUUAUUGGUAAAGGUGGGGUGACCAUAAAGAGUAUAAGGAAAGAGAGUGGUGCAAGGAUAGAUGUUGAUGACUCAAAAAAUGACCGAGAGGAAAGUAUAAUCACCAUUACAUCCAAUGAGGCCACCGAUGAUGCUAAGUCUGCAGCAGUGGAAGCUGUUCUGCUUCUGCAAUCGAAGAUCAAUGAUGACAAUGAAGGUAAAAUGAAUCUUCGCCUUCUUGUUCCAGGUAAGGUAAUAGGCUGUCUUAUUGGCAAGGGCGGUUCGAUUGUCAAUGACAUGCGGAGUAAGACUAAGGCAGCUAUCUACAUAUCAAAGGGUGAAAAACCACGGAAGGCAUCUUCCAGUGAUGAGCUUGUCGAGGUGUUUGGAGAAGUGGAAAAUCUGCGUGAUGCUCUUGUACAGAUAGUUUUAAGACUCAGGGAUGAUGUUUUGAGGGACAGUGUGGACAGGCAAAAUUCUGAGAAAGAUGGGAAGCUAACUGUUGCCACUACUGAUCCUUUGUAUGCAAGCAGUUAUCCUUUGCCUGCAUUAUUACCUUACAGACAACAGAUCACUCCCCUGGGCUAUGAUCAUAGGGGUGACAUAGAACGUGGUUUGGAAGUAUAUCCGCAUAGCAGUUUGUAUGGGUACAGCUCCUUGCAGGCUAUAGAUGAUGGCUAUUCAGCAGUCUCGUCAUAUGCAUCAAAGGGAUAUGGAGGGUAUGUUGGAACAGAACUUCCCAUGAACCCUGAUCUCAAACGUCCUCCACAUAUGGAAAUGACUAUUCCUGCUAGUGGCCUGUCAAAAGUAAUGGGGAAACAUGGCACAAACCUGGACAACAUUAUAAAGUACCAUUGCAGAUUUCUGGAGCUCACAUUGAAAUUAUUGAAUCAAAAUCGUCUCGUCAUGGCCAUGUUGCUCGCAUAUCUGGCACCACUGAACAGAAGCAAUCGGCAGAGAAUUUGAUCAAAGCUUUCAUUAUGUCUACUUAAGGUUCCUGUUAUAGUUUUCAAUAUAGCUGGACACUUCAAUCUGUUCCUUUCAACUUCUCGUGCCAUCCCAUAAUUUCCUUGGGUCCAGGAAAGAGCAUCAAAUACCCGUCCACACAAGUUUCGAUGAAUCUCAUGCUUAUCCAAGUGUGUUCCCAGGGUGAACCUAGCAUUCUAUGUUCCUUAGGUUCUCAACCUUGACCUAUUUGUGUUGCCUUGUCCAUCUUAUUUGGCAUGUUCAAAUAUACCCGGUUAAUCUCAAAUGAUUCUCAAAUGGUUAGUUCAAUCUCAUCGUGGUUUAACUUAUGAUUGUGUCCUUUCAGCAGUGAUAGCUGAUUCAUUCAGUUGUUACCACAGGGGAAGAACUCUUCUUUCUAACUACUCUGCUGCAGAGCCAAAGCUUCCUUUCUUUUCAAAUGCAGUAUGUCCCUAUGGUGGAUUUUUCUUACCAUUGAUCAUGUGUAUAUGCUCUUUGCCAAAUUCUUCAAUCACAAGAAUUUGGUCGCCUUGUUUGGCAUGCUCAAAUAUUCCCAGUCGAUUAGUUCUAUAUUGUGUCCUUUCAGGAGUGAUGACUGAUUCCUUCUCAUGAUUAUGUCCUUUCUGCAGUGAUGGCUGUUUCCUUCCAUUGUUAGUGUGGGGGGAUAGUUCCUUUUUCUAACUGUUCUGUUUCAGAACCAAAGCUUCAUUUUCUUUUCAAAUACCCCAUGUCCUAUGAUGGGUUUUUCAUAGCUAUAAUCGUUUGUGUAUAAUCUUUGCCAACCUCUUCAAUCACAAUAUGCAGACAGAAUUUCUGGUGUUCUGCAUAUUGCUUGCGAUUGUUUCCGCUGGAUAUAAGGACUACGCUAAUAUUUAACUUUAGAAGUUAAUUAUUUUAGUAAAACUCACUUAGCUGUCAUCUCCUUUGAACUUCCACUUCAAUUCAGAUUUUAGAGCCAUGGCCUACCAAACAGGCCCUACAUUUUCCAGAUAGGUUCCAUUGCUCAAUGUUUUUUUGGCUCAAAUUUCUUAAUCUCAUCGUUGGCAGGAGCCUUUGGCAUGUUCUCAGAUUUGGUUUGUUAUCAACUGUGUAUUGUAGGCAAUUUUGGUCAUAGCAACACUGGGUACAAACUUGUACUCAAGCAAGAGUUACAAUUGACAACAUGAGUACAUUGACUAGGGCGUGCAGUUUUUUUAGAUGGUUAGGGCAUGCAGUUGCCACUGGUGCAACGUAAUAGUUGGAGUCUCCUUUGUAAAUAGAGGAUACGAGAUUCUGAAUUUUUGUAGCAAAUAGUCAAUGAUUUUUUCACCCUUGUGUAGAUGAGUGGCAUUCGCAUGUUCUGUAUUCUUGAGGAUAAAUUUCAACGGUUUUCUUCUGAAAUGCAGAAUAUGUGGUCUUGUUGGUAAACUGUUGUCUUGGACUAGUCCAUGCUAUGCAAUUUUGAGCAAUUCGCAUCUGGUUGUAAACCGAUAUAUUCUA